GCAGUAGUGUUCUCACGUCGCCAAUGUUUACAUUUCGGACAGUCAGUGAUGUUAUAUAACCAUGUGUUUUUUAUCGGAUACUUUCCAGUUUGUUACAAGGGCUGUGCAGCGUGCUAUCAGAGUGGUUUUGGAGUAUGUGAGACCUCGUCAUUGGAUCCAGUGGAAACCUACAUCAAUGGCACAGCUUGUGCAGGUUGAGCAGCGCAUUUUAAAAUGUGUGAAGAGUGUGAUGGACUCUCGUUUUGUGACAGUAAGGUCGACCCAGUCUCGUAUCUGGUCUGUGACUCUCAACAGGAAGGCCGAGAACACUCCCCUAGUGAUGGUGCAUGGGAUGGGGGGUGGGCUCGGCCUUUGGGUGCAGAACAUGGAUGCUCUGGCACAGAACAGACCAGUGUAUACAUUUGACCUCCUUGGGUUUGGGCGGAGUUCACGACCCAGUUUCAGUAGUGAUCCGAAGAUAGCUGAAGAUGAGUUUGUACAUUCUAUAGAAGAAUGGCGCAAGGAGGUGAAGCUAGAAAAAUUCAUUCUAUUAGGACACAGCCUAGGUGCUUUCAUAUCGAGUUCCUAUGCAAUCCAGCAUCCAGACAGGGUAAAGCAUCUCAUUCUUGUGGACCCCUGGGGGUUUCCGGAGAAGCCCCCAGACAACCAGAUACAGAGGCGGGUCCCAACGUGGAUCAGGAUGAUUGCUACAAUGAUGCAGCCUUUCAAUCCUCUGGCAGGGCUGAGGGUGGCUGGCCCCUGGGGUCCAGGUCUGGUCAAACGUUUUCGCCCAGAUCUUCAAACCAAGUUUGCUGAUCUUUUCGCAGAUGAAACGAUAUUUGAAUAUAUCUAUCAUUGCAACGCUCAGAAACCAAGUGGAGAAACUGCAUUCAAGACGAUGCAGAUGUCUUUUGGCUGGGCAAGAAAUCCCAUGAUAAACAGAAUAACAGAUGUUGCGCCUCAAGUCUCGAUGACCUUCAUACAUGGGUCAAGGUCAUGGAUUGACCAACAGAUAGGUCACCAUGUUAAGAAGCUUCGGAGUGACAGUUAUGUUGCUGUGCAGAGCAUCUCUGGUGCUGGUCACCACGUGUAUGCAGACAAACCGGUGUUAUUCAACAAUGUGGUCCAGAAGGUGUGUGACAGUGUUGAUACCCCCACUCGGAGGAGGAAGGACUCUGAACGGACACGUUCUCGGGGCAUUAGUCACACUCUGUCUGACAACAGCCAGUCAGCCAUAGAGGAAACCUCACUUAAUGCUAACUUAUGACAUGGCUAGCCCUUAGAUACACUUUCAGUCAGUACGUUUGUUAUGUUUUUAUCUGUGAAGGAAUGCAUAUUGUUCAAUUGUGAUAAGAUUAUUGAGAUAUUGUGUUCGAAUAACCAAAUAUAAUAAACAUUCUCGUGAUGUCCAGAUUUGAUGAGGUAUAUUCAGAUCAGUGUGGGAUAUAUAAAUAUUGUUUAUUUAUACUGGUUAUUUAUUACAGACAGGAAAUAAGAAACAUGAAAAGUUAAGACUUCAUAACAAAAUAAAAUCUCAUGCAGUUUGGUGUGGCAUUAACUAAUAAAGUCUGUUCCUAUAAGGAAUGAAUUGUCUAAGCAUGCCUGUUGUUGAACAGCACAUAUAUGAACUUUUAUUCUCAGGUUGAUGUCAAAUAACAACAAAAUUGUGGUGUGUGGGCAUUAUCUUUGACAAUCAGGCCUUGGGGGUGUUUGUCAUUCACAAAAGGGAGGUCACUCUCCGUUGAAUGCCUGAGAGUGGAAGCUGAGCUUUGACUAAUUUAACAGUGACUAUAAUUUUGCAUGCAAGAGAAAAUCAUCCCAAACUGGCCUUUUAUGACCAUUGUGAUGUCAUCUGUUAACAUGACUUCACAAUCAGAUGACAUCACUCUGAAACUGGUUAGCUUUACUUCCUGUCCAUAAGACAUAGCUUUAUACUGUAUCAAAUAUUAAAAUCAUACAUUUUCUUGUCCGAAGUAUCAACACUUUAAACGUUUAAAACUCUUUGGCAAGUCUCAGAGUUUUAAACCUUCAUGGACACGUUUAUAUAUUUAAGAUUCAUAUCAUAUCCUCCAUUAAAUGUCUCUUGUCUCCUGUAAAAGCUUGACUGACUUUGCAUGAUCUCCACAUGUUAUAUUUUCAUCUGCAUGCUCUGUGAUGAUAAAGUGAUUGCUUGAAUAUUAUUUUGCACCUGACUGUUAAAAUAAAUCACAUUUUUUGCAAGGUAUAAUUCAGGUACAUAGUUUUGAUUAAUAAACUGUAUGGUUUUGCAAGUGUAACUGAAAAUAUCUGAAUAUUUUGUCUUCAUACAAAAUGCCAGCCUUAGACUUGGGGAAACUGGCAUCUUCUGUAGGUUUGACGAAGUCUUUCAAACAACUGAGCCUAUGAUGUUUGUAAGUCUGUUGAUUGAUGAAUUCGUUCAUGCAUAGAAACAAUAUCUGCUUCAAACAGAGUCAGACAAGGUCUUGAAAUAGGCACCAGACCUUGGAGAAUAGUGUCUGUUUACUUCAGAAAAGAUUUUCAAAAAUUGUCAUUAGCAUCAAAGUUUCACCACAGUUUUCAAAUCUCAUAUUUAUUUUUGUAACUUCACCUGAUGAUCAAGUCAUGUGUGUUUGUCUUUACGCCCAGCUGAAUUGUGUUCAAAUCCAGUUUUCAUUUCUUACUUUCAAUAGAACAUCUCUACUUUAGAUGGAGUAGACAUUUAUUUAUCAAGCCAUAAUAAGUUAAUUUUCUAUUUGCUCACCUCCAAGACCACUCAGUUUGUCACCAUAAAACCAUUACCGGUAUUACAUUCUCUAAGUAACCAUGGAAACCUGUAGAAUUGUGUUUCUGAGCCUGUGAACAGCAUGAUCAGAUUUUACAAAAAGAUGAAAAUGGAAUAUCCCUUGCAACUGAUAAUCUUUAUUGUGGCCUUUAUUGAAGUAUAAUAUCUACCAAAACAGUUUGUUUAUAUUGUAUUUAUAUGUGAUAUAAGUUAACGUGUCAUUGAGGUAACCAUGGUAUCUGGUAACUGUAAUCAGUCUCUGUUUGGAAUUGUGCCAUGUUCUCACUGACUUCUCGAGCAGUGCAUGAAGAGAUUUGGAAUUGUGUGAGCAUACACAGCCUCUGUAUAGAGUCGUUGCCAUGGUAGCACUGACUUGUCAACCAGUGAAUGUACAUAUUUCUAACUGUUUGAGCACACACAGCCUCUGUUUGGUGAUGUUGCCAUGGUAACAGUGACAACUCAAAUCGUGAUUGUAGAUAUAUAUAUUGUGUAUGGCAGAAGGAUGUGCCUUUAUUUAUACGAAACAUGAUUACCUUGAACAUCAUGAUUGAAAAAAGACUUAUUUUGGAGAAAAGUUAUUUUUGUAUGCUAGCAAGGUAAUUCAUAAUCCGGCAUAUUUGUGUCAUAAAUACAUACACUAUAUGUUAGUGUUAUUUCACAUCUCAUUUGUCACUUUAUAAUAUGAAGCUAAUGUGAGUGUUCUAUUUUAUUAUUGUUGCAGUUUUCAUGUUGUUACAUGUGUAAUAUACCACAUAAUUUUAUAUUAUUUGUAUAUAUUGAUAUUGCUUUUAUUACCUUCUGUUUAGCACUCCUCAACAAACUAAAAUAAUACAAGAAUCAGAGCUCUAAAGUGGCUUUUCUAUUACUUGUCAUUUUAAGAUUUUAGAUUUUUGUGAAACUAUCUGGAAUAUGAGCUCACAUAUAUCAUGCCCUUGAUAACUUUCCAACUCACGUAACUCAACCACCUGUCACAAAAUGAGACAAAAUUCUUACACAAUAUGCUGUUAACCUGGCAACUUGGAACAUGGAGAAUUUCACACCGAAGUUGCAUUGUCAGAACACCUGUCAUUGAUAACACCAGUAGUUCAUGGAAUGGUGCUUGAGAGAUGAGUGGAAAGGAAGUCUUAAUGAGCAUGGCUGUAGUGAUAACAGCCAGAAUUUGUUGAGUAUGGUUUCACGUCGCUUUUUGUAAUAUUCCAGCAAUAUCACGGCUGGAGACACGACAAAUGGGCAUCACACAAUGUACCCAAUUUGGGAAUCAAACCUGGACCUUUGGCAUGACAAACCACUAAGCUACCCUAUGGCUCGAGUGAGUGAGUUGGGUUUUACGUCGCUUUUAGCAAUAUUCCAGCAACAUUACUGGCAUGACAAACCACUAAGCUGCCCUAUGGCUAGAGGUGAGGUGAGGUGAGAUGGACCUCUAACCACUACACCACAGAGGCGGUCCCCAUGGCUAGAGUAUGUGCAGAGAUGUAUAGUGUAGUAGCUGACUGUCUGUGAUAAUAGCUGGCAUCAUUACUGGGGUGAGUGAGUGAGUAAGGUUUAGCAGUAUUCCAGCAAUAUGGUGGCUGGGGACACCAGAAAUGGGCUUCACACAUUGUACCUAUUUGGGUAAUCAAACCCGGGUCUUUGGCAUGACGGGCAAACAAUUCAACCACUAGGCUGCCCUGCAUCUUCAUUACAAGAGCAUAACAAUCAAACAAAUUUGUUUUAUAAACUUUCUUAAUUACUGUACUGAUUGACAUGAGAAAAAAAUAGUUAUUUUUCUUUUGAAUUAAAACAUCUAAAAAAAAUAAAUUAUUAAAACAUUUUGCUUAAAUCAAUAUUUCCAGUCUAACAUGGCUUUCUUUUUUGGAACUUAUGCAAUUUAAGGGUAGUUCUAUUGAAAUAUAAUUAGAACAUAAUUCGUUUUACUGUUUGUUGGUCAGGUUUAUACAUGAAUGGAUCUUUGCAUUAACCUUAAACCAAAGAACCUUUACAAUAUUCUUAGCUGCCAUGACUUGGAGUAAAGAAUGCUGUCAGAUGUGCCAUAUAUACUUAACCCCCAAGUGAAUAGUUUGAGGUGAUAUUUCUUCAGUUAAACACCCCCAAAUAUUCUUGGUUCCUGACAUAUCUAGUAAAAUAUAUGGUGGCUCUUACUUCAGGAUAUAAUGCAGAUCCCAAUACACCACCGUUUCACUUGCGGAUCUGAAAAUCUUUUAAAGAAGAUUUGUGUUUAAUAAUGUGGUUUAGUUUAUGUGGUUCUAAACACACUCCUGUCAUUUAGGUUUUGGAUAGAUUUAUACAACAAAAUGUUUUUGGGGUCAGUCAGGGGCACAGUUGUUGAGAUUCUUUUUGCUGUUGUUGAACACUUUAAAAAAACUCAUUGUGAAUAUAUUUUUAUUAUAGUUGUUUAAAAGUUCAAUACUGUCACCGACCACUAGGUUAAUACUGUCACGACCACUAUGUUAAUACUGAAUUGUUUAUGCUUGGUUGGGUAGAAUACCUACAGCCCAGAUAAUGGAUAAUGCCGUUACCUCUUUCGUGAUGUGAGUGUCAUUAAAUUGUGUUGAACAAGUGUGGCACUUUAUAGAUAAUUUUCAAUAAAAUUGAUAAUUAUA